ACAAAACCGGAGAGUCUGAGCACAUGCUGAUACGCUGUCUAACUCUAGAGCCUUCCUUUACGCCAGCGUACAUCGAACUGGCGAAACUCAGGGGACCAAAUGACCCAACGAUAGACAGUUUGCUGAAGAAGGUAGUGGAACUCAACCCUACAGAUCCACACUUCGCAACCACAUUUGGACAUUGGAUGUUCAAAAAACAUAAUCAUCAUACGGCCCUACUGUUCUACUGGAAGGCGCUAAGGGUAUCAGGGUACCACCAAGAAGCCAUCAUAAGUGCUGCUAAGGUGUUAAGGCAGAUGGGUCAGGAAUGCAGGCUGUUCCAGUUGAUAACAAGGUGGCAGCUCAUGCUGAAAAUUAGGAACGGCGAACAUUACCUGAGCACCCACAUCUACCUCAUGGGCUGGCACCUCAAGAGCGAACUCAACAGUAAAGCGCGAGCAUACGACGCGAAUUCGUAUUUUGAUGGUGCUUGCGCAAGCACCCCGUGCAAGGUAGAAAACACAUCUGCUGAGGAUAAGUGGAGAAAGAACGAAACGUCCAGGAAAGGAAAGAAAACCUACGCGCCCCGGAAAAAUAUUGAAAAGGUAACUCCUACUACAGAUCUGAAGUUGCAUCACCUAGUGGACAGUAUUUUGUAAUGAGAUGUGAUGUUAUAUGCUUUCUGCAAACGAGAUUUUGCUUUCCAAACGGCAAGUGUAAUAUUUACCCAUACUUUUGUCAAUGAUCCUUAAAGAUGUUAACGACACUCGUACAUCGCAACUGUUUGAUGCAUUAAAGUUUGUUCCUUUCUAAGAAGUAUUUGGCCUCAAGGUUGAUUACGAACGGAGCUAAGGAGUGUCAAGGGUCAGCCACAAAAUUAGGUCCAAUUGUGAUUACAGUGUUGAGAAGAUGUUCAGAAUGUUAGCGUUACCCCCAAGCUUGAAUAUUCAAACUUAGCAGCGCGAUAUCAAUGUAAGUGACAGACCGGGUACAUUAAUUUACACUUGCCGCUUGGACAACCGGACAACUUGAGCGACUGAGUUCCAGAGAUAUGUAGGAAAGCAUAGCUGAUAAACUGUUUACCACAGUUUAUGACAGGCCUCUCCAACUCAGGUGCAACCAGCACAGCGCCGAGCACCGCUCGUAUCACAGUGCUGCGGAGUGAGUACGUGAAGGUGGGGGAGUGAUUAGGCAGCGACAUACGCAUCGUGAAUAGAAAUGACCCGGGAGCUGGUGGCAUUGAGUAUACGUUCAUCGCGGAUUCGACUAAAUUUAGUAAUAAUAUGUAGUUUUUACGUAAAU